AUACACAGGCGCGCCAUAAUGGCUGACGGGGCCUUUAGUUGCGACCCAGUACAAGCAAAACUCCCAUACGACGAAGCCUCACAAUGCCGAUCCAAGUUCCUCCAGAGAGUGAGUCGCUUGCCUUUCGUCGAUCGAACUGUCACCUGUACUACCGGAUCGUACCGGGAGCUGAAGGAAACUGUACCCUCCAUAAUCCGAUGGAUGAUACUUUCCGCAGAAAUGACAACAUUGAGACUCUACGAGAAGAUGAUAUCCACAUUACAUGACCUCCCGCUGUCCCUCGACUACGCAGAUAAAAUCGCUUGCCACGGACUCGACGCUCUGGAGAAUCUGGGAGGGAAGGUCUACACCGCGAGUACAGUCCUCCGGAGUACGGUCGAACGGAUAAAACUUUCGGCAAGGCGUCGAAGGCGGUCACUCGAGGAUCUGAAGUCCCGGUUGACCGACCGCUGGACUCGUGUUGCUCUCGCUCACAUGCCGGAAAUCGCAAUCAAAGUUUAUGGAGAGCUGAGGGAGUAUCGAAUCGUCGAUAUGCGGAAGUAUCAAGGGGAAUUACCCAUAUCCACUGAGAAGGUUGUGGCGGAUGAAGUCACGAAACGCGAGCAAGAGAGUAGGAGGAACGAGGAUCUGAACGCAGAGGGAUCGAUUACCGUACACGUGAACUGUUCUACCCCGGAUCGUGAUGACGGAAUCGCCGAAGCGCCCUCAGUCGGCGAAUCGGAAGGCUUUCUUGAUGUCGCUCGAGAGGCCAAUGGUGACAGCGGACUCGAACAUUCCUGCGAGAUUGAAACGUGCGGCGACGCUGCCCCCAAAAAGAAAUCGCGGAAUAGGCGUCGCCGGAAGAAGUCCACGAGUCAGCCAGAAGAUCUCAUUUCUUAAGGGGGAACAUAUAUGGGCUCGAAUAUGGACAUGAAGCGAAACGAUUGUGCGGAAUCGUAUGGUAACUACGCAGGAUUGUCAGCUGAAAACGAGUUGACUCCCCACGUUGACACAAUCUGUAUCGACCGCAGAUGCCUCGAUCCUGAAUAAACUUCGAGUCAAUUUCCAUGGAAAU